AUGGACAUGUCGGCGUUCAAUACGCCAGACAUGCAAGACUUCCAACAGUCCUACAUGAACUCGCCAGCAGUAACACCUGGUAUCACAUACGAAUCACCUCACUCUGCAGGACCAGGAUCUCCUUACCCAGAUCAAUCUGCAAGUGCUGCUAUGACGGCAAACAGCCAAGAGAUGCAAAACUGGUUUGCGCAUUCUGCUCGACGUGAUAGCAGAUCUAAGAAGGGGUUUCCCCGACGCAGAUCUCUGUACUCGAGGAACUCUGGCGUGCCGGUCGCUAUUCCAAAGCAUCAGAAUGCAGAGUGGUCGGCUUUAGACCCAUUACAGCGCUGGCAGAACAGCCCGCCAGAAAAUGAACCUGCUUCUAUUUCUGCCAUCAGCCAUGCAGUCGCUUCCACCGAUAUCGAUCGCCAUUUGACCGUGGGCUCCGCAAACAGUAGCAGAGUCAGUACACCAGGUAUCGAGCCCGCUGGCUUUGGCUAUGCAGCUCGACGAACCUCGAGACCUGCCUCAAUCAGCAGUCUCGAGAGCGGCACGUCGAACGGCUCAAUGGACUCGAUUUUAUCUUGUCGUUCGGGAAACUCGCGCAUUUCUGCAAGUUCCAAUCAACGCAAGAACGCUCGGAGUAAAGUCACCAAGUCCCGAGCCCGUUCUGGACCUGGACCUGGCAAAGACGACCGACUCUUCCAAUGCACUUUCUGCUGCGACACAUUCAAGAACAAAUAUGACUGGGUGAGACAUGAAAAGUCACUGCACUUAAAUCCAGAGCAGUGGAUAUGUACUCCUGAUGGCGAGGUCGUACCAUGUCCAUCCACGAGGGAUAGUCUCUGCGCAUAUUGCUUGGUGCCUCAGCCAAGUAAAGAGCACCUAGAAGGCCACAACUCCACUGCGUGUGCACACAAAAACUUGGAGUCCAGGAGCUUUAAGAGAAAGGACCAUCUCAUCCAGCAUCUCAGGUUAGUUCACAAGAUCGACACUAUCCCUGCGAUCGGUGAAUGGAAGCCUCCAGAGCUUUGCAUCAAAUCACGCUGCGGCUUCUGCGGUGCCGAAAUGGAAGAUUGGAAAGCUCGUGCCGAUCAUCUGAGCAAGCAUUUCCGAGAAGGAAAAAAGAUGCUGGAUUGGAGAGGUACUCAUGGAUUCGAGCCACAUGUCGCUCAGCAAGUCACAAACUCGAUGCCUCCAUUCCUCAUUGGGUCCGAAUCUAAGACUCCCGUACCUUUCUCAGCAACCAAUCCUGGACAUUCAGAACUCCUUGCCCAGAUCACUUCGAGGGCUGCGUUCAAUGACGCCGCAAACCACACUAUGGCGGAUCCGUCGCCCUCUCCUGAUAACGGCCAAGGAGAAGGCAAUCAGCCAUUCAAAACAGCAUGGGAGAUCUUGACGUUCCAUCUCGGAAGGUUUGCCCAGGAACAGAUCAAGGCUGGAGUCGUGCCUACAGAUGAAAUGUUCCAGCAGGAGUCCCGACGAUUGUGGUUUGACAGCGAUGACCCGUGGAAUCAGACAUUCGCCGAUGAUACACAGUGGAUGGAGAUCUUUAGACAAGAACAUGGUUUGCACGAUGGAAAUACUCCUGAUGCUGCCUAG